AUGCGCUUCACCUGGUUUACUUUGGCUGGCCUCGUUGCCCUCGUUGCUGCCGCACCAUACAACAACGAAAAGAGAUUUCUGGCCGCUAAUGAAAUGAAUGGCGGAGAUGAUGUUGAUCUUUCAACUGGUCUUGCUGUCUCAAUGUCACUCAGAAUCCUAGUUUACCAAAUAGAGGUCUUCAUUACUAACGUCGAGAAUACGACUAAGUAA